UAACCACAACUGUUAUACAUUACCAAACAAACACAUUUUCCUCCGUUGACUCAAAGCAAGCCUUAAAAUCAUCUGCUUGAAAUGUUAAUUGAAGAACUGCACAGCAUUCGGCUGGCCAACUGACCACCUCACUCAAUUCCCCUCGGCAAUUCUCGAUCCGAUCGGCAGCAAUAGAAGGAGGAUGCCUAUAUAUGUGACAAUACCAUUGUGCGCUUUAACUGGGGCCACCGCAUUCAUGAUGGGGGCAUUGACACAGCAGGACAUCUCAUAUCGCAGGAUUAAGCGUACAAUGGUUCAAGAUCCGUAUGUAUAUCAAUGUCGUGGUCGAAUAUUUAGUGCGCUGGCACUAUUGGGUCGAUCGACUCAAACAGAACCAAGGCACAAAACUGGGUUAAAAAGGUCAAUGGAAACCCCAAAAGCACCUGCAACACCACAGAGGAGAUCAUCGGCAGCAGAUGCGGAUGCGACAACGACAACGACAACGAUAAGAGAUCCACCAAGGACUACAGCGGAUCUAACAGAGAUGACAGACAGAGCAGAGCAGCAGGAAGAGACAUUGGCGGCAACGGCGGCAGCAAUGUUAGCGGACUCACGCAGAUCAACCAUACAGUCAAUGGAGUCCACGGACAAUGAGGUCAAAGAACGUCGAAGUUUAUCAUCAACGGCAGCAGCACUCCAAAAGCUCGAGGAGAGUCACAGUUCAUCCAUUUUUGAGCUAUUCAUUUUAUGGUGCAGAGCGCAAUUGCACAAAGUGAUUAUGUUUAUGACCUAUUCAAUUGGUCGGGAUGAGCCGCCAACUCCAAAAUUAAGUCAUGUGGCUGAUCUUAUGAAAUAUGGUUUCCCUGGCAUGGAUGAAAUUCAUGUCUAUAAAAAUUUCAUUCUCUCUUAUGAUCGCCGUAAUCGUAUUGCCCACUGGGUAUGUGAGCAUCUCAAUAGCGAUUGUCUUUCGUAUCGAGAUCCAAAGACAUUACAAAAACCAAAUGAAUAUGCCAUUGAUCCCAAUAUCGCUGAUAUGUUCAGUCCAAGUAUGAAAGAUUUUCGGAAUAGUGAUUGGGUUGGCGGACAUAUGGCAUCGCCAUUAAAUUAUAAAUGCGAUAUGGAUAAAUUUAUCGAAUCCUAUAUAUUUCCAAAUAUUGUGCCAAUCAGUCGUGGGCUAAAGAACAAUGUGUGGCUACGUUUGGAGCAUUAUGUACGCGAAUUGGCCAUGGAAUCGGGCUCGGUUUAUGUUUAUACGGGUCCAUUGUUUAUGCCACAACGGAUAACAUUCCGCAAUUGGGCCAUACGACAUCAUGUUAUGGGCAUGAAUACAAUUGCUGUGCCCACACACUUUUUCAAGGUCAUUAUCAGUGAGGAGCGAGACGCAUUGCCACGCAUGGAGGGUUAUGUGGUGCCCAAUGCCGAUAUUGAUAAGGAAAUGGAUUUAAAUUCAUUCAUGUCCGAUAUACGAGAUAUUGAGCAUUUUGCUGGUCUUAAAUUUUACGAUGGAGCCAGAGAGGAGAUAAUGCGUGGUCCAAGAGAUUCAAUAGAUGGCUGAAAACAAAAUUAUUGUACAGUAUCCUAUCUAUAUGGCAUCUUCAUUUUUGUUAAAAAAGGAAUCAAAUUUAAAGUUGAAAAAAUAAA